UACUACCAUUUUUUUCUAUGGCAAUCCAAUCUGCCUAGAAAGAAAAAUCAUGCUUAUCCAUGCUGCGCAAAAACUGAAAAUAUUUCUAAUAAGCUGUACAAGUUUAGUUCAUUAUAUAUUACCGUGUCCUCGUUUGUAAUAUUAAGUUUAAGAGAGCAACAAUGAUUUACCUCUUUUAUAAUGCUUUUUGAUCAAUCGACGAAAUCGUAAACAAAAAAUAUAUCCAUAUAUAUUCAUUUCCUUUGUUUGAAUGGACAGAGUCAACUUAAUCAUGUCCAAUUCAAGGCAACACUAUCAAGAACUACCAGAAUUUGAUCAUGAUGAUGAACCCAGUGUACUAGUUCAUACUGCAGAAGCACCAAGAACAAGAUGGAAUCUCAUAAGAGACCUCGAUUCAUUCCUGAAAAUGGUUUAUGAAUAUCAUCAGAGGCAUGGAUUUACCUGCAUAGUUGCUAAAGAAAUAUGUGAGACGAUACGCCGUAUAUUUAUGUCUAUUUUUCCAUUAUUCUUGUUAUAUGGGAUAGAUUAUCCUGCUUUAUUCAGUUACAAAGUAUCUGAUUCUAAUGUAUCAUUUAGUGAUCUGAUUCUGCCUUUUGACAAGAUGAUUCAAAAUUUUGGUCUCUGGACUUGGAUGUGGAUAAUGAUGCUGAUAAUUGUUUUUAUAUUUUUUUCAAUUCGCUCAGUUUUGAAAGUGAGAUAUUUUUAUGAAAUAAAGCAAUUCUAUAACACUGCCCUCAAAAUAGAAGAAGCCGAUUUAGAUAACUAUGUAUGGCAAGAUGUACAAAAGAAAAUAAUUGCAGCACAAAGUGAAUUUUCCAUGUGUGUUCAUAAACGAGAAUUAACAGAGCUUGAUAUACAUCAUAGGAUACUUAGGCAGCAGAACUAUUUCAUUGCUAUGGUAAAUAAACAUCUGAUUCCACCAAGAUUAAAUAUUCCUUUUCUUGGUGAUGUUUUAUAUUGGUCCAUUGGAUUCCAACUAAACCUGAGGUUUAUUUUAUUCCAUUUUCCAUGGGGUGCUUUCAAGGAUUCAUGGCAUUUGAGGGAUGAAUACAGAAAAGCAACGUUGAAAACUGAUUUAGCUAACCAAUUAAAACUUUCAAUAAGAUUGUUUGCUAUAGGCAAUUUGAUAUUGUGUAUUCCCAUAUUUCUGUGGCAAUUUGUUUAUUCAUAUUGUUACAAUUCUGAUUUUAUUGUGCGAAAAGUUCCUUGGGAAUUUGCAACCAGAAAUUGGUCAUUAUACGGCAAGCAGUAUUUGAGGCAUUUCAAUGAGCUUGAUCAUGAGCUGGAUAUAAGAUUGAAUAAGGCACAUAAACCAGCUAGCAGAUAUUUAGAAUUAUUCUUUUCUCCUUUGAAUGCAAUCAUAGCUCAGACUAUCCAGAUUUUGGUAGCUUCAACUUUAAUGGCUUUCUAUGUGCUGACAUUAAUACAUGAAGAUAUAUUGGCUAUAGGAAAUGCUGUACUUAUUUUUACAAUAGCAUCUGUAAUUAUAAUUGUUUGUAAGAGUCAAAUGCCGAAAGAACAUGUUCCCAACAGUCCUGAUAUUUUGUUGGCCAAUGUUCUGGUGCACACUCAUUAUUUACAUCAGGAAUGGCAAAGCAAGGCCCAUACAGCUAAAGUAAGAACAGAAUUUGAACGAUUAUUCCAGCUGAGAAUACAGGGAAUCAUCGAAGAUUUGAUCUCACCUUUUAUGACACCUUUCCUUCUUUUCUUCUAUGUGGCUCCCAAAUCUAAGGAUAUUGUGGAUUUCUUUUAUAACUUUACCGUUUCUGUGACUGGUGUCGGCGAUGUAUGUAGUUUUGCUGUGAUGGACAUCAGGAAACAUGGUAAUCCUGAUUGGCAUCAUAAGAAUGUUCAUGACAGAGAGGUUCCUACACAAUUUGCACAGGCUGAAGAUGGAAAAGUUGAAUUGUCUCUACUUCAUUUCAAACAUACCAACCCCAAUUGGCAACCACCUACAGAAGCACAAUCAUUCUUUCACUCUAUUCAAGAUCAUGAAAAUGAAAUUGAUGACUUGAUGAGUGUGGAUAGUUCUCUACAUCAGUAUACACCAAGGAUGCAGUUCUCUCAAAAUCACCAAUUCAUGAGAGAGAAUCCCAUUCAAACUUCUGAAAAGGAAGUGAGCAGAGGAGCCCUAUACUUACAUCUUUUAAGGAGUCAACACGAACAGGGUCGUUCUAUAAGAAUACCACCCCAAGAGAACACUCCCCUACUUUUUAAUCAUUGAUCUAGUCGUGAAAAUGCACUUUUGUAUGGUGAUAGUGUGUGUGAUGUGAAGGAAGUAUCACUGGAUAUCCUAUUUUGCCAAUUUUUUCCACAUAUAUUGGAAUAUGAAUGAAGCUUAUCCUGUAAAUAUGGUUUUAAAAAUUUGACAGUGAAACCUAUCCUAUUUUAUUUGAGUAUGAAGUUAUUUCAUAUUCUGUCAAGGUAGCUUUUUAAAUUAAAUGUAAUUUGGAUUAUCCUUUAUUAUCAGUCAAGUGCGAAUUUAUUUUUCUCAUUAUUUGUUCAUAUUAUUAUUUGAAGAUUUGGUAAUUUUUACUGAAUGACUGAUUAUUUUUGUAUCAAUUUUAGUUUAUAGACGUCAAGUGAUAUAAGAAUCUGUGAAUAAAUAAUAAAUCUGAUGUAGUUGUAACAAUAUUGUGAAUUGAUUUUGCUUAGAAGUUCAAAUAACCUUCAAAGGGUGUAAUUAAUUUUGUUUUUCAAUAAUUGAAAAAUUGUUUUUAAGUACAAACCUCUAUUUAAAUUAGUGGAAGUAAAUAAUUUUCCAUAAAAAUGUUUUUAUUUUUUAAUUCAUAAAUUCUUUAUUAUUAAUAA